CCUUGACGCAGCCACGAGAUUUGAGAAUAAGCUCACGCAUCAUCUCUUCGGGUAUAGAUAGACCUGCCGAUUUAUAUCCGCGCCUAUCUAUAACAAUACCCACCACCUACCCAGGCAGUGACUAUUUGUUUGCCAUGCGCUAGACGAAAUCUGUGCGCAAACAAGGCACAAUGAUAGCCAGUGCUGGAACGUCGAGCCGCCUCCACAUGUUGGCACCGCGCUUCGCAGCACGAACGCCAGCCGGGACUCUACUACGCCAUGGGCAGCCGAGGUUUGCAGCUGCCGGGUGCGGCGCGCGACUCUCGCCUCCUGGGAUAGCUGCCUCCGUUGGCGGGUCCCGGGUGUUACCAAGCCUGUUGCCAGUAGCCCCCGUGCGAUGCUAUGCCAGCGGACGCCCUCACCCCCCGGGCGGCACCCACCGUAUGAACCUCGGAGCGGAGGAAGAGAAGCCAGCUCUGGAGCAGUAUGGCGUCGAUCUUACGGCGAAGGCAAGGGAAGGGAAGCUCGACCCCGUCAUCGGCAGAGACCCCGAGAUCCAGAGAACCAUCCAGGUCUUGAGCCGUAGGACCAAAAACAGCCCCGUGCUCAUAGGAAAAGCCGGCACGGGCAAGACGGCCAUUCUCGAGGGCCUUGCCCUGCGCAUCGUCCGCGGCGAUGUUCCCGAGAGCAUAAAGAACAAGCGCGUGAUAAGCCUGGACUUGGGCUCGCUGAUCGCCGGGGCCAAGUUCAGGGGCGACUUUGAGGAGCGCCUGAAGAAGGUGCUCGCCGAGGUUCAGCAAUCCGAAGGCCAGAUAAUAUUGUUCAUUGACGAGCUGCACACCUUGCUCGGCCUCGGCAAGGCCGAGGGCUCCAUCGACGCCUCAAACCUCCUGAAGCCUGCGCUGUCGCGGGGCGAGCUCCAGUGCUGCGGAGCCACCACACUCAACGAAUACCGCCUGAUCGAGAAGGACGUCGCGUUAGCGCGGCGGUUUCAGCCCAUUCUCGUCAACGAGCCCACGGUCGAGGACACCAUCAGCAUCCUGCGCGGAAUCAAGGACAAGUACGAAGUCCACCACGGCGUGCGCAUCACCGACGGCGCCCUCGUGGCGGCUGCCACUUAUUCGAAUCGCUACAUCACGGAUCGUUUCCUUCCCGACAAGGCGAUCGACCUGAUGGACGAGGCGGCGUCGUCGCUGAGGCUGCAGCAGGAGAGCAAGCCAGAAGACAUCAUGCGCCUGGACCAGAGGAUAAUGACGCUGCAGAUCGAGCUGGAAAGCCUCCGGAAGGACAAGGACGUGGCCAGCCGCGAGCGACGGGAGAAGCUCGAGGCGGACCUGAAGGCGCUGCAGGACGAGGUCCGCACGCUCAACGAGAAGUGGGACAAGGAGCGGGCGGAGCUCGAGGCCAUCAAGAAGACGCAGGCGGAGCUGGAGCAGGCUAGGGUCGACCUGGACCGGGCGCAGCGGGACGGCAACUUCGGGCGGGCGUCGGAGCUCCGGUUCGGCGUCAUACCCGGACUCGAGGCCACGCUUCCCAAGGACGGCGAGUCCCCGAUCAAGGGCGGCGAGGGCGCACUGAUCCACGACUCGGUGACGGCCGACGACAUCGCCACCGUGGUGUCGCGCGCGACGGGGAUCCCGGUCGCCAAGCUCACGUCGGGCCACAUCGAGAAGCUGGUGCACAUGGAGGACACGCUGCGCGAGUCGGUCCGGGGCCAGGACGAGGCCCUCUCGGCCGUGGCCAACGCGGUGCGGCUGCAGCGGGCCGGUCUCAGCGGCGAGAACCGGCCGCUCGCGUCCUUCUUCUUCCUCGGCCCCACGGGCGUGGGCAAGACGGAGCUCUGCAAGAAGCUCGCCGGCUUCCUCUUCUCGACCGAGAACGCCGUCGUGCGCUUCGACAUGAGCGAGUUCCAGGAGAAGCACACCAUCAGCCGCCUCAUCGGCGCGCCCUCGGGUUACGUCGGCUACGAGGACGCCGGGCAGCUGACCGAGGCCGUCCGCCGCAAGCCCUACGCCGUCCUGCUCUUCGACGAGUUCGAAAAGGCCCACCGCGACAUCUCGGCCCUGCUGCUCCAGGUCCUGGACGAGGGCUACCUGACCGACGCGCAGGGCCACAAGGUCGACUUCCGCAACACCAUCAUCGUCCUGACCUCCAACCUGGGCGCCGACAUACUGGUGGGCGCCAACCCCAACCACCCCUACACCGAGGCCGCCGACGGCACCAUCAGCCCGGACGUGAGGGGCGCCGUCAUGGACGUCGUCUCGUCGGCGUACCCGCCCGAGUUCCUCAACCGCAUCGACAGCUUCAUCAUCUUCAAGCGCCUGGCCCUCCCCGCGCUCCGGGACAUUGUCGACAUACGGCUGAGGGAGCUGCAGGACCGCCUCGCCGACCGCCGCAUCACGCUCGACGUGCCCGGCCACGUCAGGGACUGGCUCGCCGAAAGGGGGUACGACCCCAAGUUCGGCGCCAGGCCGCUCAACCGCCUCAUCACCACCGAGAUCGCGAACCGCCUGGCGGAUAGGAUCAUCCGGGGUGAGAUCAAGACGGGCGACGUCGCCACCGUCAACAUAGCAGAUGACGCGACCUCGCUCAAAGUGACGUGCUCGACACCGCAAACGUGAUGCUCCUGGUUUGAUGCCUUGCGUCGCGAUGUCUGAUAUCAGAAUUCUCUUGUUGGCCGCAAACUUACGUUUGAACGAUACGAGGAUGACUCAUGUAAAAUGAUCACAACUCCGGUCUGUAGCAUGUAUGCAUCUUAUUGUUCGAUAUUUCCACUUCUUUCAUACGGACCUGUAAAGUCAACAACCAUUAACUGAAAAAUGGAAUCUAAGACUUGGACACUACAGACCUAGGCGCCUCUCACCCCCCACAGCCCCAAUGGAUCCCUUGGCGUUCAUGUAGCCUGCAU